GCGCAUCUCUUUUAUCUUUUCCUGCUUCCAAAAAUGCAGUGCUAAAGCACUUGUUCUACUCGCUGCCUAAUUCCGAUUCCUUGGGGUACUCCUUAUUCACACCUCACUUUCUAGCGCCAGAACUCCUCUAUAUAUAAGCUAUCGAGUAUUAAAUCCCUCAAUCAUUAAGCAUUACUCAAUCAUUUCUAGAGCUAGGUAAUUAAAAAUGGUGGCUGCUUAUGUCGGUGGUGGUGGGUGGAGAGAGAUGAAAGGUUUAUUGUUCAAAGUGAUUCUAGGCCGGUGGUUCAUGGUCUUUGCCUCUCUCUUGAUCAUGUCAGUGGCUGGUGCAACUUAUAUGUUUAGUCUAUACUCUAAUGACAUUAAAACGUCAUUAGGCUAUGAUCAAACCACUCUCAAUUUGCUUAGCUUCUUCAAGGACUUGGGUGGUAAUGUUGGAGUCUUGUCAGGGCUCAUCAAUGAAGUCACCCCACCUUGGGUGGUUCUUUCCAUGGGAGUAAUCAUGAAUUUCCUUGGAUACUUCAUGAUUUGGCUUGCUGUUACUGGCCAGAUUGCCAAGCCAAAAGUUUGGCAGAUGUGUCUUUAUAUAUGUAUUGGAGCAAAUUCUCAAACUUUUGCCAAUACUGGAGCUCUAGUCACCUGUGUCAAGAACUUCCCGGAAAGCAGAGGUAAUGUUUUGGGCUUGUUAAAGGGAUUUGUUGGUUUGAGUGGAGCUAUUUUGACUCAACUCUACCAUGCUUUUUAUGGAGAUAACUCCAAGGCUCUUAUCUUGCUUAUUGCUUGGCUUCCUGCUGCUGUUUCUUUCAUUUUUCUUCGUACCAUUCGGAUAAUUAAGAUCGUUCGCCAACCCAAUGAGGUCAAAGUUUUCUACAAACUCCUGUAUUUUUCACUUGGUCUUGCUGGUUUUCUCAUGGUUUUGAUUAUCAUACAAAACAAGUUCAGCUUUGCCAGAAUUGAGUACAUUGGAAGCGCUUCUAUUGUUCUUGUAUUGCUUUUUCUCCCUAUAGCUAUCGUUAUAAAAGAAGAAUAUAAUCUCUGGAGCAGCAAGAAGGCAGCCUUGAACGACCCAUAUCCAGUGAAAGUCGUGACUGAAAAUCCUCCAGCGCUGGAAUUGUCAACAUCGACACCAGCACUAGAGCCAUCAGCCCCACCACCUGGAAUUCCAACGCCAACAGAGAAGCAAGCUUCUUGCAUGGACAACAUUUUCAAACCACCAGACAGAGGUGAAGACUUCACCAUAUUACAAGCACUUUUUAGUGUGGAUAUGCUGAUAAUAUUUGUCGCCAUAACUUGUGGCGUUGGUGGCACGUUGACAGCAAUAGAUAACUUGGGUCAGAUUGGGAACUCUCUCGGCUAUCCAACUCGUAGCAUCACAACCUUUGUGUCACUUGUUAGUAUUUGGAACUACCUUGGUCGAGCAGUGGCUGGUUUUGCCUCUGAAAUCUUGCUGACAAAGUACAAGAUCCCUCGUCCUCUAUUGUUUACAUUUGUGCUUCUCUUCUCUUGUCUUGGGCAUCUUCUAAUUGCUUUUGGUGUUCCAAAUUCCCUCUACUUCGCUUCUGUGAUCAUCGGUUUCUGCUUCGGAGCACAAUGGCCAUUGAUGUUUGCAAUGAUAUCUGAAAUUUUUGGCCUGAAGUACUAUUCAACCUUGUACAAUUUUGGUUCUGUUGCUAGCCCAGUUGGCUCGUACGUCCUCAAUGUGAGAGUGGCCGGCCAUUUAUACGAUAAAGAGGCAUUGAAGCAAAUGGAGGCCUCGGGGCUAAGAAGGGAAGCAGGGCAAGACUUGACAUGCAAUGGUGUGCACUGUUAUAGAAUGGCUUUCCUCAUAAUCACUGCAGCAACAUUAUUUGGGUCCUUAAUUUCCUUCAUUUUAGUGCUUAGGACCAGAAAAUUCUAUAAAGGUGACAUCUACAAGAAAUUCAGGGAGGAGGCCAAAGCCACAGAGAUCAAUGAUAUGACUUCACCUGGAAACGGUAUUGUACCAUUGAAAGAAAUAAGAUCUGAAACCAGGACGGAGAAAGCCGUCACUGGGGACGGAGAUUCUAAAACAGUCACCACCACCACCACCACCACCACCGUUGCUUCCAUGAAUGAUUAGAAGUAAUUCUUCACGUCGAUUCAUGAUUAGAUGGACAAUUUCAGAAGGGCAAUUCUAUUGCUUUUAGAUUGCUUAACACAUAUUAGCAUAUAAAUGUUGGAAGGAAAACGAAAACUUAAUUUCCUUGCUUGUAGAACCCGAAGAGUUAAAAAAUACUUAUUAUAGAUGGAACUGCUCAUCA